AUGUUUCAAGGGACUUCGGCCUUGAUUGUGCACGAGAGGAAUCAUGUAGCAGAGCAAAGAUAUCAGUGUGGGAGAACGUAUCCUUGUCAUCCUGACCUCCUCAUACACCAGAAGAGCCACGCAGGAGAGAAGCCCCAUGGAAGUGUUUCGGAUGGUGGUGAAAGCUCCGGUCGGAAUGCCCCCCUGCCCCUGCACCAAGGAGCCCGCCUGGCAGAGAAGUUCUGCUUUGAGAGCGGCGAAGAGGACGAGGGGCCAGAGGGGGUGUCCGCCCAGCAAACCCAAGCCCUCCUGCAGGGCCCACAGGGGCCCACAAGGCUGACUGGCCCCCCAGGGAAACCAGACAACCAGGGUCGAGCUGGAGCUGAUGGGGCCCGGGGUGUGCCUGGAGAACCUGGUGUCAAGAAACCUUUUGAAUGCUCAGAGUGUGGAAUGAUAUUCAGUGUGAGCAGCAGUCUUCAAUAUCAUCAGAGAACCCACAGAGGGGAGAAACCUUUUGAAUGCUCAGAGUGUGGAAUGAUAUUCAGUGUGAGCAGCAGUCUUCAAUAUCAUCAGAGAACCCACAGAGGGGAGAAACCUUUUGAAUGCUCAGAGUGUGGAAUGAUAUUCAGUGUGAGCAGCAGUCUUCAAUAUCAUCAGAGAACCCACAGAGGGGAGAAACCUUUUGAAUGCUCAGAGUGUGGAAUGAUAUUCAGUGUGAGCAGCAGUCUUCAAUAUCAUCAGAGAACCCACAGAGGGGAGAAACCUUUUGAAUGCUCAGAGUGUGGAAUGAUAUUCAGUGUGAGCAGCAGUCUUCAAUAUCAUCAGAGAACCCACAGAGGGGAGAAACCUUUUGAAUGCUCAGAGUGUGGAAUGAUAUUCAGUGUGAGCAGCAGUCUUCAAUAUCAUCAGAGAACCCACAGAGGGGAGAAACCUUUUGAAUGCUCAGAGUGUGGAAUGAUAUUCAGUGUGAGCAGCAGUCUUCAAUAUCAUCAGAGAACCCACAGAGGGGAGAAACCUUUUGAAUGCUCAGAGUGUGGAAUGAUAUUCAGUGUGAGCAGCAGUCUUCAAUAUCAUCAGAGAACCCACAGAGGGGAGAAACCUUUUGAAUGCUCAGAGUGUGGAAUGAUAUUCAGUGUGAGCAGCAGUCUUCAAUAUCAUCAGAGAACCCACAGAGGGGAGAAACCUUUUGAAUGCUCAGAGUGUGGAAUGAUAUUCAGUGUGAGCAGCAGUCUUCAAUAUCAUCAGAGAACCCACAGAGGGGAGAAACCUUUUGAAUGCUCAGAGUGCGGAAAGAAAUUCAUUAAAAUGGCGUUGGUUGACUCGCGGGUGCGGCAGUGGUGGUGUGGGCGGGACCCGGGCUUCUAUUGGUCGGCAGAUAUGGGCCGAGCCGGAGCUGACGGGGCUCGGGGCGUGGCUGGAGAACCUGCUGUCAAAAUGUGGGGACCAUCCAUAAAGAUAGAAAAUAGAAUCCCUGAAGCAGAAGGAACUUCCUUGGAGCAAGAGCAGAGGGCGCAGGCCAUGGAGCGUGCCCAAGGUGUCCUGUCCUCUGGUAAGGACUCUUCAUGCCUGGAUGUGAUUGGGGCACCCAGUGAAUUUGAUGGAUAG